AGCCGACAAGGCAGGAGCCGCUCGCGAGGCCAGGAGCCGAUCAGAAGGCCUGAAGAGGCCGGAUUCUGUUUUGAUCAGACGACCAGCAGAGAACGAAGGAGCAAAACACGAAUCGUCCCUCUGAUGGUCAUCAGAGAGCCCAGGCGGCGGCAUCGGCAGAGCGCACCACAACACGGCUGGCUCCUGAUCCUUGCAGCCCUCCCAGCCUUGAUAGGUGAGCCAGCCACACGAAGCUGAGGCCCGAGCCAUACCAGAGCAUCUGUCCUUCUGUGCAGUGGUUGUAUCCGCCCAGUCUUGGCGAGCUCCGGUUGGCGACCCCGAGCCCCUGUCAGAGGAUACACUGGACCGCAGUGAUGACGAGUUCCUCGCUCCCAACGCCACUAAGCAGUCACUGCUGCGAGAUGUCAGCCCAUGGAGGCAGAAUGGUACGCCGCACACGCCCUCUCCUUGUUCUGGGCGCACCAUAUGGGGAUGGUCUCUGUGUGCAGGUCCCUGGUCAGACGCAGAAGACGCCUCCACAACCGAUGCUGAGGACACCGAAGAGGUCACGCCCCACGUGUCGUGCGAGGAGCUGGGCGGCCUCCUCGACCCCGUCACCAACACGUGCUGCCCCGAGUCAUGCGGCCAGUGCGGCGGGCCCUUCUGUCACCUCCUCCCGUCAGGCCCAUUCCACUGCUGUCCCCUACAGGUCGAGACACUCGGGCUCAAAUGCGACGAGACCAACGAGCCGCCGUGUAUCCUCGCGCCGCCCCGUGAGAAGGGUGCGCUGAUCGGUUCUGAGAGCUACCAGGAGUCGGUGUGUGCGUAUGUGGGUGGGGUGUGGGAGGGGGAGGGGAGCGACGUGUGCUGUGGCAAGGGGUGCGGUUUGUGUGGCGGGUUUGGGUGCGACGGGCGGCCGGGAGGAAAGGACGAGUGCUGCGGCAGGGCGGUACUGGAGAAGAAUGAGGGCUGUCUGGACAAAGGGGAAGCGCCGUGUGUCACAGGUAUAAACGCACAAUGGUCCACCUUGGGAUGCUAUGUCGAUCUCUCGUACGUCUAUUUGUUCGAACGUGUUCAGAGCCGUUCAUCCCUCCCCCUCCAUCCGAGGGCGUCUACAUCAAUGCAGGCGGCCCCUCCGUCGCCCACGACGGCAUCGUCUACCAGCAGGACACCUAUGCCGACGGCGGCACGCAGGUCACUUUGGAGACCCUCUCGAGCAACCCCCUCCUCCUCACCACCCACACCUUCGACACAUCCGAUCUGUCCACCAGCAGCGGCUACACCAUCCCCGCGGCCGCACUCUUCCCCUCGGAGCACCACAAGGGCGAUGUCUGCCUGCAAAUCGUCUUAUCCGAGCUCACAUUUAGCACCAAAGGGUCUCGUCUCUUCGACAUUUUGGUCAAUGGGAAGGUCUGGGCGCGGCGAGUGGAUGUGUAUGAGCUGGGAGGGGGGCGGCAGAAGCCGAUUGUGUUGCAGAGGUGCGUCGCGGUCGGCAAGGAGGGGCUGCGCGUGGGGUUUGCGGCCGUGCGGGAGGAGGCGAGCGUGGUGGGGCUGCGGGCGUUCGCAGUGAAGAACCCCACAACACAAGGGGAGAUCUUCUGCCCCACACUGCUGACCAAGCUACCCCCACCAAGUGAGCAGAUCAGCCAAACAAAGACGCAUAUGCCUGCGCACAAUUUGCGUCUCUCAGGUUGCUAUGAAGCCAACACCAGGCUGCUGGGGCCGUCUGUAUCCAACACGACCCUGAAGGCGCGCACUGUGCGUGAGUGCCAGAAGCACUGUGGUGAGACGGCAGAGUGCAUCGCCUUUACCUAUGAGGAAGCCAGCCUCACGUGUGUCCUCAAGACCGACCUUGAAAGCCGCGAGACCGCCGCACACAUCCUCUCUGGGCCCAAGUCGUGCGAGAAAGGUAGGAUGGCCACCAGCCACAACGGAGACAGAGGCAAUGUGCCGGUGUCGAUCAGAAUGUUUUGAGGAGGGUGUGGAUUACUACGGGAAUGAUCUGGAGGCCUAUCAGGAUGUGGUGGGGCCUGUGGAGUGUCAGUACCAGUGUCAGGACCACCCCGAGUGCCGAUUCUUCACAUAUCAACCACACAACAACUGGUGACCUACACUACACAACAGACACUCCCCCGCUACCCUGUUCACUCUCCGUGUCCAUCCAUUCAGGUGCUUCCUGAAACGUGGCGGCUCCGGCCGCACCCGUGAGACCGAUUCCAUUUCGUCCAAGUCCAUUUCCGGCCCGAAAUACUGCCUGGAGUCGCCCCAAGACUUCUGCCACCGCAUAGGCGGCACCUACGCCGGCCCACACAGCCCAGUCGCAUCACCACACCAAUGGGACAUCAAGACCCACGCGGACAUGCCAAGACGAGACGGUGGCAUCGAGGGGCGCCUCAAGGCCGGGCGGCACGUGAGCGGCGCGUGCUGCCCGGCCGACUGCGGCGAGUGUGGGGGAGAGACGUGUGCAAAGGGGAGGAGUGAGUGCUGCGCAGCUGCCGGGCGAAUGGCGGAGGACUGCGCCGUCAAGGGCAAGCCCCCGUGCUAUGCCGGUGUGGCGCGGGGGCCCUCUCCUCCGUCCCAGUGCGCCUCACCCUACGCCCUUACACACACGUGGCAGGGCGACUCAAUGCUGUCGGCUUUCCACUUUGCGUCCUCAUCAACACCAGCGACAGCGACAGCGACAGCAACAUCAUCUGAAGGGCCGGCGAGGUUUGUUGGCCGACAGGAGGCGGUGGACGGCGGGAUGGUGGAGGUGACCAAGGAUGGAGACGUCAUUGUGCGGGUGGACACGGCAGAGGGAGAGGGAGAGGUCGGCAAAGAUGAGGGGCGGAAGACCGUCAGCCUGAGGUCGCUGGACGCAUUUGAUGCGGUCGGUGAGGGGGCGCCAAGAAAGGCAUGGUUCUUGUCUCAUGUGCUGAGGAGGGUUGAUUUUGAUUGGAUGGAUGUGUGCAGGGGCUGUUUGUCUUCCAUAUUGCGCACGUGCCUUUCGGCUGUGGCGUAUGGCCGUCGCUUUCCCUCCAGGGGCCUCACAUGGACAAGGACGCACAGAUCAACCUCAUCGAAGGCACGACCACCACCCACCGCCACGAUACCUGCUAUUGCGCAAUAUGUGGUGUGGUGUGGUGUGCAGGCAUCCACAAUGGCGCUCGGAACCACUUCAGCGUCAGUGUGGGCGCGUCGUCCCCCUGUGUGCAGGCGGGGGCGGACCAGUCGCUCACCAGUGGGCACUGGGAGGCAUCCAGACUCCUGCUCGACAACAUACGUAUGCACGCCACGCCCAGCCACACACACCACACCACACCCAUGUGCAUCAAUCAUCCCGUGCUUAUGAUAUCGUCAGGUCAACCAUCGCGGCACUGUUCCUCCAUCGAUGAGCUGCAGUACCCCAGCCAGGCGUGCACCCUCCUCCCAGAAGAGCCCUUCCUCGGCCCCUCCCAGCCCUCAGAAGGCGGCUACUUCGUCGUGGAGCUAGACUCAGACCGACACAUCAAGUACUGGUUCUUCCGCUCGUCCGAGGCGCCCCAAGACCUGCUCAACGACCACCCCACACCGACACCAGACGCAUGGAAGCGCCCGCACGGCCUGGUGUCCCUGCAGACGGACACGUGCCCGGGAUGGGACAACUUCAGGCAGAUGCAGGUGGUGCUCAGGACGGGGCUGUGUGGGGAUAGGAGAGGGGGGAAUGCGGCGUUCGAGUGGGCCUGUCCUGGGCUGGGGAGGUGCGAGGACCACGUGCGCAAGAACGGCACGGCGCUGCGAGACGCGUAUUGGGACAUUCGUUCGGCGCGGGUGUUCCAGAAGGCGCCUACAGACCCAUUCGAUCCCGUCUGCUCAGGUGAGAACACUUGCGACCACACAGAGAAAGAAUGGGACCUGUUUCAUUUCACCUACUUUCUUUGAAAUCAGUGUGUGUGGAGUAUGAGCGAGAUGUGGAGUACCCAUCCAACGAGCUGCGGACGAUCGAGUCGAUUGAGCCGCCCACUCCAGAGGGGUGCUGGCAGCACUGCCAGAGGGACGCCGAGUGCGCGGGGUUCGUGUUCGAUGGAGGCAAGGGCGAGGAGGGGAAGGUUUCCUGUGUGCUCAAGCACGGCCUGGAGAGCCGCAAAGUCAGCAAAGGCAAAGUCGCGGGCAUCAACAAAUGCACCAAACAAGCACCAAGUAAGCUCCCUUCCCUUCCAAUGGAUCUUCCCUCACACAUGGAUGGAUGGAUGGAUGGCUGCAGAGUGUGUGGUGUUUGAGGCCGACUACGCCUACACCUCCCAGUCGGCUCUCUCCCCCUCCCCCCUGGCCGACCGGCGCGACGUGACGUCCCCCUACUCCUGCUGGCAGCUCUGCGACACACACGCCGGCUGCAGCGCAUUCACAUUCCAUGGGCAAGACAGACGGUGUGUGCUGAUGCGGGAGCCGCUCUCACGGCAAUAUGAACCGAACAAAGGCAAGGUCUCGGGGUUCAAGCAGUGCGAGCACGACAGAGGUAAGCUGCCAACAGAGAGACACACCCGUCCACCAUAGCACAUGUAUGCCUCUCUCUCUCAGUGUUGGAUUGUUUUGCGUUCGAGCGGCAUUACGAGGUGCUGGGAGCACCUAUGGCGUCCAUCCUCGCCCCCUCCCCCACACAGUGUGCGGCUGCCUGUGCGGCCCGGGGCAGGUGUCGGGCUGUGAGCUACGAGUGGGACACACAGCGGUGUGAGCUCCAGGCCGAGGGCCACCACCGUGUGUAUCGUGGGCAGAGGAGGGCCGUCAUGGCCGCGAUCAAGACAUGCGACAAAUAAGGAGGGGGAGGGAGAGAGUUUGCGCGAUGUGCAUAUUAAUUACUGGAUUGGUGCCGAGGCAUGUGCGUGUGGCGUGGCGUGACAGUUCUGCGCUUCGCUGUGGAUGCACGUGAGUGUCUCGUUUGUCUGCACUUUUUGGCUUGGGUGGAUUUUGCGCUAGUUGUGAUUUCUGUCGCGCAGACAGCAAUGUAGGUAGGUAGGUAGGACACCACACGCGUACACACCCAUACAUACGAGUAGAAGUGAGUGGGGUUGCUGGCUGGGCGUGGCGACGUUGUACAUGGCGAGUGUGUGGCACUGUGUGCACGUCUGUAUGGUGCGGAUGUGUGACCAAAGCAGUAAUUCUUCCG